CACACUGUGUCUUAUUCAGCAUUAUGACUCAAUUCUUGGCAAUCUCUGUUCUGACGCUCUGCUUAACCUCAGCUCUUGGACUCAAGUGCUACACGUGUAACAGCAUGGAAAGUCAAGAGGAUUGCGUAAAACAACAGCAGCUUGUGACCUGUGCUUCUGGUAUGGACCGCUGUCAACAACUGUUUACUACCUUCAAUAAUGGAAGCAUCAUGAACAAACAGUUUGUGAAACGGUGCUCAGAAGUCGAAACCUGCAAUGAGGCCUCAAUUACAAUAUCCUUAGUAUGCAAGGAUCCCGAUUGGACGUGUUCACACAGUUGCUGUGACCAGGAUGCCUGCAAUGAGAGUGAGUACCAAUGUCGUUUGCAGGGCACGAGAAUCUCAAGAAGAGAGACUGAAAUUUGCAAAUAAAAGACACAGAAAUCUCAAACUAUGCGACAAAAUCGUGUAAUUUCUUUUGUGAAAAAUAGCAACUUAUCUAUUUUUAUAGUCGGAGUUUCCGGAAAAUUCCCAACAUCACAUUAAAACGGUAACAUAUACCCUCUUGCUCUCGAAAUCUCGAUGAUACUUCAAUACUUAAGUUGUUUUUGUGACAUUUGCAAUAUGUCUUUUCACGUUCUAUGUAAUGUUUUAUAAGUAGAAAAUUGUUCUGGAUGGUCAGAAUAUUUAGAAAACUACAAAUUUUUUCCAACGGUCAUGAAUGUACAAGCGUCACAAUGUCGUCGAUCCCCGCGAGUGGUUCUACUCCCAUUAAAUGGGCCAUGAAAAUGUGCGAAUUUCGCGGGCGUUAGGUAUGUAAAAGAAGGCGUUGGUAGUAACCGAAGGUACACAAAGCCUGUUUUACUGUUUCUUUGUUUUUGCAGUGGAAGGAUCCAGUGAAGCCCCAGUCCCCACCCCAAGGCCUCUCCAGUGCUAUCACUGCAUCUCUAUCAAGAGUUGGGAUGACUUUGAUGACGUCAGAGAAGUGCUAAGUUGCUCUGAUGAUGAGGAACAGAGCUGUGCUAAACUCGGUUUACACGGAGAACGCAGUGGCGAGACAAUUCAAGGAUAUUUCAGAGGAUGUUUUGAUACAUCGUUGUGCGAGGACGACAAUGAUUGCAAGUUUGAGUCUGAUGAUGAAUCCCUAACAAUCACCAAGUGUGACUUCAGCUGCUGCACCGAGGACUUGUGCAAUAAAGCUAUAGCAGUACCAAUGAUCAGCGUCAUCACACUGUUGGCAUGCGCUCUUCAGGCUGUUCUCAUUUAGGUCAAUGGAACAAUUUAAGGUGGCUACCUGUAGUUUUAGGACUGCACGCGCACUGAGUACGAAAACUGUAGUUAUCCGUCUGCGCUCAUUGGAAAACAUUAGAGUUUUACACUAUUUUAGGAAAAACCGACAGUGAAUUUUCUCGUGUUUCUGCGGUGAGAUUCCACGUAGUUUUCAGGCUGGUUAUAACUAUUUUACUUUAUUUGACAUUUUUCGUUUUGAAUGGAAAUCUAUCUGAUCAACCUUUUGCGCGAAGAGAUCGGAAAAGACAUAAAAUUGCAAAAUUACGAAGAAACUGCCAUUCCAACCCCUACUUUCUACGCGUUUUUUUUAUACCAAGGCAGAUUUGACGUACUUUGAGAGUUUUGUUAGAUCUCGCGGAAGAAACUUAAAAGAAAAUCACAAUUAAAGCCACAUAGACAGUGAAAACGCAUUUGUUUGUUUGACUAAAAGCCAUGAUUAUAACAUCGAUGAUUGCAUAAGACUAUCACGUUUGAUAGGCCGGGUGAAUUGGAGGAAGAAACGGGCUCGAAAUAUAACACUAGUACACGCAUUACUAGGAAGUGCCACCUUGAGGCCACCCUCUUUGAUUAGCAAUCUCGUUCGCCGUGCAGAUGUUUCCUUUCUGUUUGACUCUAUUAACAGAAAACAUUAAGGCAAAACAAAAUAAAAGAGGUGUAAUACCAAAUGAGCUAGCUCUGGAAGAUGUCACUUUUAAUAUCAUGUAAAAAUCACUCAGAGGGUUUGAUUGUCUUAUCCCUUUGGGUAAGCUAUUUGGCAACACAGCCCGCUUUAGCUGAAACUUCGCUUACGAUAAAAUUACAAUAAUUAUUAUACAUUGUAGUCACUAUCUGUCUUCUCAUUGGCUAA